AGGACUAUAUCGGUGCAUCCUCACUGUUUUCAUGGAAGAUUUCGCUUUAGUAUUGCUGAAAAGAUUCAGUACUGCUUUGCCUCCGAUUUAGGACACAGCACAAAAAUUCCUGUUGUACCAGGUCCUGAACAAUUACUGGCCUAUGACAUGUGGUUCAAAAAGCAUGUUCAACGAAUUACUUCCAACCCUAUCGACUCGGCGAUUGUUAGGAUGUUGACCAGUGGUUUUUCGAAGUUGUUGGAAAGUAGAGAAGUUGAAGAGCAGCUCUACACUUCGUCCAGUACAUUUGAGCCACAUUGUAUCUUCUGGAUUAAAGUCAAAGAACUCGUGGGUGAGUUGCAUUCUUUCUUACACCAUGCACAUGCUUGCUUCGUAUCAGACACAUUGAUGAUCGCAGCUGCCUUACGACCGCAUAUCAAAAAGCUUCGUUUCAUUUCCGGUCUUGGUUCUUUAAGCCACUGCGUUUGGUUUCAUCAGCCAAUCUUUGACGUCAAUGAAUGGAUGCUUUAUGAAACGAAAUCUGCUAGUCGUGCGUACAUCACCGGUAAACUAUGGUCGAGAGAUGGAACUCUUCUCCUUUCCUCUUCACAAGAGGCGUUGGUGCGUUUGAAAUCAAUGUGA